GUGAGGUGAUGAAAGGGCAUAUUGAAUUCAAAACCACUCUCACUCUUGUCACAACCCGCUCACUUUCUCUCUCUUGUAAUAUAAAAAACCAGCGAAGGCAAGGCAAACACCAAACUAAAAACACUCAGUCAGAAUGAGUAUGCAGCAGCUUCCGUGUGACAGCGAAGGCGCGUGUAUGGUGUGCAAGGGCUUGCCGGGGCAAGAAGAGAGACUGUUAUGCGUCACGUGUGACACCCCUUGGCACGUGCCCUGCCUGUUCGCCCCUCCACCCACUCUGUCCGCCACCGCACGAUGGCUAUGCCCUGAUUGUUCCAUUCUGGACUCUGACGUUCCACCAGUCCCCGCUCCCGCCCGCAACCAACUGGUGGCUGCAAUGCUGGCCGUUGAAAAUGACGCUUCUCUCACCCAACACGACAAGGCCCGAAAACGUCAAGAGCUUUUGACUGGAAAGGCUCCCGCAGACGACGACGACGACGACGAACAAGAGAAUAAAGCAUCCUUAUCGGAUAUUCUCUCCAGAUCUCUCAACUGCUCCAUCUGUAUCCAGUUACCGGAGAGACCCGUCACGAGUCCGUGUGGGCACAGUUUCUGUUUGAAGUGCUUUGAGAAAUGGGUUCGGCAAGGGAAGAGGAAUUGUGCCAAAUGCCGGCAGAUUAUUCCGGCCAAGAUGACAAGCCAGCCCCGUAUCAAUUCUGCACUGGUGUUUGCAAUACGAAUGGCGAGGCAGGCUUCAAACAGUAGUGGUAGUGGCCGAGGAGGAGUGAGGAGUGUUAACCAUUUCCUUCACAAUCAAGAUAGACCUGAUGAGCCAUUCACCACUGAACGCGCACAGAGGAGUGGUCGUGCCAAUGCGGCUAGCGGUAAAAUAUUCGUGACAGUGCCUACGGAUCAUUUUGGUCCAAUCACGGCAGAGAAUGACCCUCUGCGGAAUCAAGGUCUGCUGGUAGGUGAAAGCUGGAGAGACAGACUCGAAUGCAGGCAAUGGGGUGCUCACUUCGUCCCUGUGGGUGGCAUUGCUGGACAAUCAGACCGCGGUGCACAAUCUGUUGUUCUUUCUGGUGGUUAUGUUGAUGACGAGGACCAUGGAGAAUGGUUUCUCUACACCGGAAGCGGCGGUAAGGAUCUUAGCGGCAACAAACGCACAAACAAGAGUCACUCUUUUGACCAGAAGUUUGAGAAAUACAACCGUGCACUUCAAGUUAGCUGUCUCCAGGGUUAUCCCGUUCGAGUUGUCAGAUCUCACAAAGAAAAGCGAUCCUCAUAUGCCCCUGAGACUGGCGUGCGGUACGAUGGAAUUUAUAGAAUUGAAAAGUGCUGGCAGAUAGCAGGGUUGCAGGGUUUCAAAGUUUGCCGGUAUCUAUUCGUCAGGUGUGACAAUGAACCUGCCCCUUGGACAAGUGAUGAUCAUGGAGAUAGGCCCAGACCCUUGCCGGUCAUUCGUGAGCUGAAAAAGGCUACAGUCAUACAUGAAAGGACCGAAUCUCCAUCUUGGGAUUUUGAUGAGGAGGAUUCUCGUUGGAAAUGGAAGAAACCACCGCCUCCCAGCAGACAAAAGGUACAAAAUGUUGAACCCGUAGAGGUAGCAAGGGCAAAGUCAAAUAAAGAAGUAAAGAAAUUCCAACUUAAGUCAAUCAAGGAACAAUUGCAGAGAGGGUUCUCGUGCAUGAUAUGCAAGGAGGUUAUGGUUUCACCAGUGACAACACCGUGUGCUCAUAACUUCUGCAAGUCCUGUUUGGAAGGUGAAUUUGCUGGUCAGGCUUUUGUGAAGGAGAGAAGUAAGGGUGGGAGAACACUUCGGUCCCAAAAAAAUGUGAUGAAAUGUCCUUCUUGUUCUAUUGACAUUUCUGAUUAUCUUCAGAACAUUCAGGUUGACAUAGAUUUGAAGAGUGCAAUUGAGUCAUUGAAAGCCAAGGUCGAAGAAAUUGGAGAAUCGGUGGAGUCAAGUGAAGAUGCAGAUGGAUUACAGGAUGAUGGUGCUGGCAAGGAUGAAGAUACUGACUCCAGAAACAAAAAUUCUGUGCAGGAGUUGAAUGGUCUACCUGAAGGAUCUGAUGUUGGUGAACUUGAAGAUACCACCAAUAAGGAGCCAGAUCCAGCAAUGAAGUGCAAUGGAAAGAGAAAGAAAGGUGAUUAUGGAAAUCAAUCGCCUGAUGAUAAAAUGGAAAAAAGAGGUAAAAAUUACAAAACAACAGAGGAAGAAUUGCAUGAAGAAAAUGAUUCUUCAUCAAGUCCUCUCCAUCCUCAAUGAAAUCUUCAUAGACUGAGGAAUUUUAACAACUAGACCUUCAGCUUGUUGGAUUGCAACAUGAUUCUCUUUAUUUUGCUGAUGGUUCAGUAUUAGUCUUAGAAAUGCUAUAAGGACUAUCAUUGUAUCAAGUUAUACUCUUUUCGUUUUAGUUUACUUUCUUAGUUUGUUAUCACCCUUUUGUGAAUGUUCAUGGUUUUAUGGGAAAUGGAACUAUCAAAGACCUUAAAAAAACCAAAUCAAAUCAAAGACCUUUUUUUUAGUA